CUAGUAACGGAAACGCUCUUUAGCAGUAAUGGAAGCUGCCAUGUUUGCUAGUUAGCUCCAAAGCUAGGUGAGGAUCCAUAAUCAUCAGUUAAACAUGGACUAUGAUGACCUCGAUAAACUUCUGGAUGAAGUUGAAAAAAAGUUUGGUCGUGACGUUUCUGUGGCAUGUUCAAGUCGCGAGAGUGAAAAAUGCAGCAACGACAAAAACGAGCAGAGAAAACACAGUGCCGCCAAACCUGAGCAGCCGAUAAGCGUCUCUGAGGAUAUCGAUGCUCUUCUGGAAGAAUUACUGGAGGAUGACUACAGCAAUUCCCCUCAGCCAAAGACGGAACCAUUUCCCAAAGGACCAAAAACAGAGAAGCUGCUCUGGUCUCAUUCUGGAGGAAGAAAGUGCUGUCCUGUUUUCAUUGGCGGGAGCUCAGUCACAAAUGGCGUCGGAACAGCCACAUCCAAGAGGUCAUGUGACCAGCUGAGAUGCACAUCUUGUGACUUCCAGGUGCUGAUGUUUGAUGAUUCUGAAUGGGACGUAUCCUGUGAUUACCUGUUCCUCAGAUACAAAGAUCUCCAUGUGUUUCAGCUGGAAAAUCCCACUCGGGUGAUCGAGUGGACAUCAGAAAAGACUGUCUGCGUCGCUGGCUACAGCUCACCUAGAAAUGAAAUUCUGGAACUUCGUUUGCCUCUGAAGCUUUUUGCAGAUGAAAACAAGGGUCUCUGUGCAGAACGGGAUUUUAAAGUUGUCCACGGUGGUUUCACAGAAGGUCCCGUUCGUCACCUCAGACAUGUUCCAGGAUCCAGGUGUGCGGUGACCAACGAUGGGCGGAGCUCCGACCUGCAGGUCUGGGACCUUGGAGGAGACGACAGCGAUGUGAUCAGGAGAGCAGGAAGCGUCGAGGGGAGAAGUGUUUCAGACACCGGCAGCAGGAUCGCAGCUCGACUUUCAGCGCCACCUCAGGUCCUUCAUGGAGCUCGGAGCAGCGAUGUCCAGCUGACCCAGCUGACCUCAGGACAGACGCUUUAUAAACUUGGUAACUUUUAUAUUUAUGUGGAAAGUAAACAGCUGGACUUGGUUUUUAAUCCUCUUGUUCUUCCAACAGACACCGACUCAGCAGAACUUCUCAGCUCCUUACAGUUUGUGAGUGACUCUGUUUUCCUCGCCAGCUGCUGCAACGGUUGCAUUUACGUUGCGGACACUCGGACAUCUGCUGCUCCUCAGCGCUCGACUCCACCCCCACGUUCAGGUGAUUCUGUCUGCUGGUGGUCGGACGCCUCCAUAGCUUCGCAGCUGUCCAGCACCAGGAUCGUCAGACUGUCCUCCUCGGGAGACAUGGUGGUGACGGAUCUGAGAAAUCUGGGUGGAAUUGUGAGUCAGGCUCAGCUGGAUGUCCAAACGCAUCCCUGCCAACUAGAGGACGUCUCUGUGUCCUGGUCUCCUGUGCUGGACGGCUGCAUCGCCGUGUCAGGUUUCGAUGGAGUUGUUCAGAUUUACAACACGCGUCUUUGGAGGACAGAGUUGCAGGAUGCACAGCCGCUGUUCCAGCACUGUGGUCACAUGGUUUUAUCAGAACAGACCGCUGGCUCCGCCCCGAUCGUCGUCACCUCCCACCUCUGGCAUCCCGAGCGUCCGAGGAUGCUGUUGUCUGCCGCGUCAGAUGGCUCUGUCCACGUCUGGGACUGGGUGGAGCCUGAAACCACAGGAGAUCUUUAAAAAUGGAUGUUUAGUCUCUAAGUGGUGCUGGUCACUAAAGAGUUCAAACCAGUGCAAAAUAAAAAUAUCGUGACAUUAGGGGCAGAUAUCAGUUUUGUCUACACGUUUGUGUGAGAAAGAGGAAAUUGGAAUGCUGUUGGGAAAAGUUCCAGUCAGACAGAACGGCUGCCUUUGUAAAUGACAAAAUGGGUUGAUGUCUGAAAUCUCAGCGGUUCCCGGUAACCGCUUCAUUUAAAUAUAGAUUACAGCAGCAGAGUCUGCUGCACUUUUUAUCGACAGAUGAAAUGUUUGUAUUCAGAGGAGUCAAGGUUUUUAUUGGUCUGUUUAUAAUUCUAACUGUUGCAUGGAUCAACCACUGCAAGGCAAAGAGCAGCAGCUCCUCAGGCUGUGGAAGCGUCUCACAAACGUCCUUUGCUCAAGCAAAAAUAAGGUGAAACUCUGGAAUCAGGAUUUAAACAAUAAAUAUUUUAAAAAUGUACAUUUAAUACAGCUUCUGUCUCCUAUCAUCCAUUCUUUACUGCUACAACAUGGUCUGACCUGAAGCUCGUCACUAAAGCAGCAGCAGCUGUGAUCUUGGCUCCGAAGUCCCAGAGGUUUCGAUGUAAAACUCCUGCAGGGAAAAAGCAAAUAAACAGAAUAAUAAUGUUA